AUGGAUUACUACAAAGCUGUUGAAGAAUUUAUGAUUCAUGGACCAUGUGGAUUACAUAGGCCAAAAUCUCCAUGCAUGGUCAACAAGAAGUGUUCAAAGCACUUCCCGAAGAAAUUUGUUAAUGUAUCAACUUGGGAUGAUGAUGGGUAUCCGAUAUACAAGCGAAGAGAAAGUUCUAGAAUUGUAGAGAAGAAUGGUGUGCAGUUGGAUAGUAGAUAUGUGGUACCACAUAAUAGAUACUUGCUUCUCAAGUAUAAGUCACACAUCAAUGUGGAAUGGUGCAAUCAAUCUAGGGCAAUCAAAUAUCUUUUUAAGUACGUGAAUAAAGGCAACGAUAGGGUCACUGCAGAAUUCUACAGAAGCACGAAUGAUGAGCAACAAAAUGACGUUGUCGAUGAAAUAACAAUGUAUUACGAUUGUAGAUACGUCUCUGCUUGUGAGGCCACUUGGCGUCUUCUAAGCUAUGAUGUCCAAUUUAGGCACCCCACAGUUGAAAGAUUAAGUUUCCAUCUACCUGAAUGCCAAUCUGUUAUUUUCGAGGAUGAUGACCGUAUAGAUAAUGUCCUGAAUCGACCAACGGUGAAUCAAAGUAUGUUCACUGCUUGGUUUGAGGCUAACAAGAAAUUUGGUUCUGCGAAGGAGUUGUCAUACAUUGACAUGCCAACAAAGUUUGUUUGGAAGAAAGAUAUCAGAGAGUGGCAUCCAAGGCAGAGGGGGUUCUCAAUUGGAAGAAUUUUUUACGUACCUCCAGGAAGUGGUGAAAUAUAUUACUUGAGAUGUCUCCUAAAUGCAGUUCGAGGGCCGACUAAUUUUGAAGACAUCAAGUCAUAUAAGGGUGUCAUAUACCCCACUUUUCGAGAGGCAUGUUACGCAAGAGGGUUGUUAGACGAUGAUAAAGAAUACAUUGACGCAAUUAAUGAAGCAAGCCAGUGGUCUACUACCCAGUCAAUGAGGAAAUUGUUUGUCAUACUACUUACAUCGAACUUGGUGAACUGCCCGAAAAAUGUGUGGAAUGUAGUGUGGCAUCACCUAGCAGAAGAUGUACAAUUUAACAAACGCAAAGUGUUGCAACAAGAAGAUUUGUGUUUGUCGGAUGACGAAAAGAAGAAUUUGGCACUGAUUGAAAUAGAGCGUUUGUUACAGUUGUACAACAAGACCUUGAAUGAUUACCCUCAUAUGCCAAUUCCAAACUACGAUCAUGCUAUGCGUUGUGAUAAUCGUCUGUUGUGGGAUGAGCUUGAUUACGACCGUGACGCAUUAUUAAAGGAUAGUCAAACAAUGGAAAGGCAAUUGACGGAUGAGCAAAAAGUUGUGUACGAAACUGUAUUAAAUGACGUAGAUCAGCAAAAUGGGGGGUUGUACUUUGUCUACGGUUACGGUGGUACUGGUAAAACAUUUGUCUGGAGAGCGUUAUCUGUAAAAAUCCGAUCUAGAGGUGAUAUUGUCAUCAACGUAGCAUCCAAUGGAAUUGCAUCUUUAUUAUUGCCUAGAGGACGAACUGCACAUUCAAGAUUUGCAAUACCAAUUGCAGUCACAGAGGAUUCAACUUGCAACAUCACUCAAGGGAGUAACUUGGCAGAACUCAUUAUCCAGUGCAAACUUAUAAUAUGGGAUGAAGCACCGAUGAUGCACAAGCAUUGCUUCGAGGCACUGGAUAGGACAUUGCGUGAUCUACUUCGGUUCACUGAUUAG